GGUAAACCUGUAUGAGCUGAUCAAGAAGAACAACUUCCAGGGCCUUCUCCGUGGCUCUGAUCCGGCGCUUUGCCCACUCUCUGUUACGCUGCCUUCAGAUGCUCCACGACGAGAAGAUCAUACACUGUGACCUCAAACCGGAAGAACAUCCUGCUGUCCCAGCGCUGGCCCCGGGAACAUCAAGGUGGUCGACUUCGGCUCCAGCUGGCUAUGAGCAGCAGAAAGUGUACACCUACAUUCAGAGCCGGUUCUACCGCUCCCCCGAGGUGAUCCUUGGCCAGCCCUACAGCAUGGCCAUCGACAUGUGGAGCCUGGGCUGCAUCCUGGCCGAGCUCUACACCGGGGGGCCCCUGUUCCCCGGGGAGAGCGAGGCCGAGCAGAUGGCCUGCAUCAUGGAGGUGAUGGGCACGCCUCCAGAGGAAUUUGUUCAGACUGCCUCAAGGAAAAGGUUGUUCUUCGACUCUAAGGGAAACCCUCGGAGCACUACUAACACUAAGGGGAAGAAGCGGAAGCCAAACUCUAAGGAUCUGUCCGCCGUCCUGAAGACCAACGACGCUCUCUUCCUGGACUUCAUCAAGCGCUGCCUGGCCUGGGACCCUGCGACCCGGAUGACCCCUGACGAGGGCGUCCAGCACCCCUGGAUCAUGCAGGGGAACUUCAACCGGGUCCGCCCCCGGCCCCGCGGGGGCGUGGCCGGGCCGCAGACCCCCCCGAGCUGCGGACCGGACCAGAGGCAGAGCGGCCAGCCCCCCGCGGACAGGGUUAGCACAGAUAGCACCAGCGCUAGCCAGUCGCGGCGGGACAGCUCAGGGUCGCGGGGCACGCUGCCGUCCAGCGAGCGGCUUCGACCUCUGGGGGCGUCGGUCGAGGACGUCGGCGAGGGUGGAGCAAGGGUCUCCACGGGAACCAAGGAGCAAGAAGGAGGAGGGGAGAGGCCCGUGCACAUCACCAUCCAUUCUCAACAGGGAGUGGGCGGAGCCAGAGACGCCUACCGUAGUCUGCCGCCAAUCAUGUAGGAAGCAAGUGACGGAGCGCCUGGGGGCAGGGCCUUGGGGCAGGGCCUUGGGCAGGGCCUUGGGUGGGGCCUGGGGGCAGGGCAAGGUGUUUUAUUUGCAUGUCGUUGAGGUGGAGUAUAUGUUGGAUGUGUUUGACUGACACACAGUAGAAAGAGAGAGUGGCUCCACUGCAGUUUGAGUGAUGCCACAGAUAAAACAAUCAAACAAGUCUUUAUUAAUAUCUACAUCAAUAUCUAGCUGCUAUUGCUGCUGGCGGUUUAACCGUUGACUUCAAGUCGUUAACAAACACAACUUUUGUUUAGUGUUACUGUUCACAAUAUCACUGGGAUAGGAAAUGUUCUAUAUUCUAUAUAUCUGUACGUCUUCUAGAUCUAUCAACGAGAGGUCAACUCUGAGGUCUGCUGUACAGUAUAAGUGAUGAGUACUGUACAGUACAAUGCUGAAGACCAUGUUGUGUUCACUAGGUUGUACACAAGGUGACAAGGUAAUGUGUGGUCUUCUUUAUUUAUGUCUUUGGCUUUGAGGGCUGAGAGUUUUUUUUACUUUUAUGUGUGACAAAGCAAUGAAAUGAUUAAUCUUUUGGAUUCAAUUGAAGACGUUGUUUCGUUACUAUUGAAGUUAUUAAUCAUGGAAAGUGUUGCGCUGUGAAGAUGAAGUUUAAAUGUGAUUCUCGGCAGGACGUUCUGCUGUAUUUCUACUGCUCCAUAUUAAUGUACAUAUUGUUACUGGUUACUGGUACUGGUUUUGUUACAUCGGUUUCUCUGCGAUCCCGGACACUGAAGGGUUAAACGUACCAGUUGGACUCGUGAUACUUGAGCUCAUUUUUACAUUGACUGCAUUUUUUAUGCGUGUGUUUCAUAAUUCAUUUUGUAUGGUUGAUGAGGAGAGACAAUCCUUGUACUGCUAGUUUGUGCCUUGCAGAGCUGGAAUUGCACUUAACUAGUUGAACUAGUGUGUGAACUAGUUGUACUAGUCUGUGAAAACCUGGAGGUAACAGAGUUUGGAUUUGUUAGUCUAGGUUAGUCUUACCCUGACCUGCAGCACAAUGGUCAAAUAAAACUCUUUCAUCACAUG